GAAGGAGAAGUAGACGAAGAAGAAGAAGAAGCGGAGACUUGGUUGCGUCACAUUCCCGCGUCUAACACGCGUUAAAAGGGUAUUCUGUGUAUUGUUAGAAAGGACAGAAGCUGCUUGAAAGAAGAAAAACAUUUGUUGUGUUACUUUUUAGGGAACAUACGCGGUCCUUAUCAGUUCGAAUGGGAUUAUUUCAGAUAUCCAGAUCCACUGGGUUAUUUUUUCUUUAAAGGCUUUGAUCUACCAGUAUAAAUGUCACUGUUUCUUGUGAACAGGUAUCUUGGAGACGAUGAGGACGGAGUUAUCUCCAAGGAGUCCCAUUCCCAAGCGUUGCUAAGCAAACUUCAGCAGAAGGUGAAGCAGAAGCAAAGACAGAGUUUCACAAAAGAGAGAGAAUGGAUUGAAGAAGAAACAGAGAAGCAUGGAGUCACAGCGAUAUCCGAAGAUGAGAGACAAAGCAAUGGAAAGCAUCAACUUCACAAGAGAAAAUCAGAAGUCGGAGUUUUCUGUGAUAGAGCCACUAACAAGUAUGAGUCUGUGGGAAGAAAGAAGAGAAAGGGAGUGCCAGAUAUGAUGCAUAAGAAUCAACAGUCAGAUACGUCAGUGAAGGAUGUUUGUUCUGAGAGCUCAUCAUAUGAAACUGAGGGGGAACAGGAAUUGGAAGACAGAAAAAAGGACUCAUCUGCCCUGAGAGGAUUUCCUGUUCUUGGUGGUUUUGAAAGCAGAUCUGCCCAUAAGAUGAAGAGGGUCCUACCGCAGUGGCUUGCCGAGCCAGAUGUGAUUCACAGAGAUAUUAAAUGCAACCUGGUCCCCAUUUCUUCUACUUCUGGGGUUUCUGCUCAGCUCCUUCAGAAACUGGAGACUAAUGGAAUUCAGCAUUUUUUUCCAGUUCAGGCAGAGGUGAUUCCCGCCAUCUUGGAGGGUGUACAACAUGGACCUCUCAUUGGUAGAGGAGGUUACAGACCCAGAGAUAUCUGUGUAUCUGCACCAACAGGCAGUGGCAAGACUCUUUCCUUUGUCAUACCUGUCAUCCAGGUGCUAAUGGAGCGGGUGGUGUGUGAAAUCAGGGCUCUAGCUGUGCUUCCCACGAAAGAGCUUGCCCAGCAGGUGUACAAAGUGUUUACAUCAUACGCUGAAGGAACCCCUGUGAAAGUGGUCAUGCUGGUAGGUCAGAGAUCGUUUGCUGCAGAGUGUGCUUCACUUUCAGAGCAAAGAGGGAAUGUAAGGUGUAGUGCAGCAGACAUAGUUGUGGCUACUCCAGGUCGACUGGUUGAUCACAUUAACAAAAACUCAAGCUUAUGUCUGGAACACCUUAGAUUUCUUAUAAUUGAUGAAGCUGACAGGAUGAUCGACAGCAUGCACCAGUCAUGGCUCAGCCAGGUAGUGAAGGCAGUGUACUGUUCGAAGGCUGGGCCUGAAUCCAGAACCCUCUUCAGAAGAACAGACCCUGCAUGCAUCACAGCAUCCAGUUUAUCCCCUGCUCAGAUGCCACUUCAGAAGCUGCUUUUUUCUGCCACGCUUACUCAGAACCCAGAGAAGCUGCAACAGCUAGGCCUCCAGCAGCCCCAACUAUUCAGUUCAAUUCACAGCCCCUCCAACAGCACAACAGCAGACCCCACCAAGAAACAAGAUGGCUUCGACUUCCCUCAGGGACUUACGGAGUAUUAUGUUCCAUGUACGAUGAACAAGAAGCCCCUGCUCAUUCUUCACUUCAUCCUUUACUUGAAGCUCUGCCCCAUCCUGUGUUUCACCAACUCCAGAGAGACGGCGCACAGACUGUACCAUUUAGUGCAGCUAUUUGGUGGAGUGCAGGCAGCCGAGUUCUCCUCACGACUGUCUCCUGGUGAGAGGAAGAACACCCUGAAGGACUUCGAACAGGGGAAGAUCCAUCUACUGAUCAGCACAGAUGCAACUGCCAGAGGCAUCGAUGUUAACGGGGUCAAAUGUGUUGUCAAUUAUGAUGCUCCGCAGUACAUCAGGACCUACAUUCACAGGGUUGGAAGAACAGCGAGAGCUGGAAAACCUGGAUUGGCUUUUACCUUUCUGCUCAGAGUACAGGAGAAAAAUUUCCUUCGGAUGGUGAUGGAGGCAGGAAGCCCAGGAAUUCAGAAGCAGAUGAUUAAACCAGAAAGCCUGAAGGGGAUGGAAGUCCGGUAUGAGGAAAUCCUGCAGAAGCUAGCUGAUGUUAUUAAGGAUGAGAAUGCAAGACAUUGAGGCUACAUAUUUUCUUUUGUACUGAGACUACUCCUGAAAUUUAAUUAUGUACUAUCUUUGGAACAACUUUACUUGUUGAUUUUCCAGAAAAGAUUGGUAUGAUGCAGCUGUUCCUUGUAUUGUUAACUCAUUGAAUGUAAGGGGGUCUAAGGUGUUUACAUAUCAGCUCACAUAAUAAAAGAUCAUCUGAUCACUUGUUAUAGUUAGA